UAUAAGCCUUUUUGACUUCGUUGUGUUUACUUCCGGGUGCGGACAUCUGUUGCUUAGCAACUGAACACAUGGGUCUGACGUCACAUUUGUUUCUAUGGCUGCGGUAGACGCCGAGGAAAUCCGAUCGAGAUAAGAGCUUGCUUCACUAUUAGUAAUCACGCGCACCGGUAAUCGUUCUGUAGUUGGCAACCGAUCGUAUGGAAGUUUUACAGUACAACAUUUACAGUUUUGUUUUUUCCGCGUUUUUGGUAGUGGCCUGCUAGCAGCUACUGAGUUAGCCUAGUUGCUAGUGGCACUGAAUCCAUCCUUUCGAUGUAUCAAAAAGAGAAGAGCUUUCAGAUUAAGAACAGCGCCUCAGCGUUGUACAACAACCUGUGCGUGCUGCGUAUCGCUCCGCGGCGCCUCACCUACUUCACGGUGGUCCAUGCCAAUGUGGUCAACAUGGUCAGCGUGUCGUGGGACGGCCUCAAUUCCUCCCACCGUCAGCUGCAGUCCAAGGAGCCCAACGUCGCAACAAGUCCAUCGCUCAUCAUGCAGGCUGCAUUUUGUGUUUUGCCCUCUCGUGAUCUGCUGGUAGUCACUUCACAGAAAGGCAUCCAGAUGUAUGAAUCAGAUGGCUCCAUCAUGGUAUAUUGGCAUGCACUGGAUACUCCUGAAACACCAACAGCUCAGGCAGUGUUUGCUCGGGGGAUUGCUGCUGUGUGGGAGAAUUACAUAUGUGUGGGUCUGUCCUCUUGUGGAAUCCUGGUGUUUGAUAUUCCCAAUAAAGGCAGUAACAUCACCCUGUCUGAAGUUCUGGAGGAGCACAAGGAGCCCAUCACUGACUUGGCCCCAGAGUGCUCAGGCAGCCAGGAGUGCAUUGCCGACCUGGUCAGUGCCGACGACGGCGGCACCUUGUGCGUGUGGAAGUCUGGGGAAGAGUUUCAGCUCCUCAACAAGAUUGGUGGAUUCGAUAUGAGCUGCUCAUCUGUAAAGCUGUGGAAAGGUACAGUGGUGGCAGGUUACGGAACAGGCCAGAUCCGUCUCUACGAGGCUGUGACGGGAAUUUUGCACGCCGAGGUCAACGCCCACGCCCGGUGGAUCUACUCACUGGAUAUUGCUCCUUUUUCUGGGCUGCUCCUGUCGGCUGCCGAAGACUCUUUUGUAAGGGUGUGGCACCUGACGGUAACCCCAGAAAGCAACAGUGUGGAGGUUGCCCAUCUACACAACGAGUGUGUGACCGACACACAAAUCUGCGGCGCCAAGUUCUGCGAUGGCGACGGCUACGCCUUUGCCGUGACAGGAUAUGACCUCAAUGAAAUUAUACGCUACUCGCGGACAUAAGAUGUCACCUUUACCAUCGUUGAGUACACGGAUAUCAAACGCGUGUCAUACGAUAUUUCCGCAAUUGAUCCAGAUGGAGCGCACACAGAAGGUCACAGAUCCCGGAAGGGCCUUGGGGUUGAAUUUUUAAUACUUUUCGGAUAUGCUUAUGGAAGAUGAAUCAAAUGUUUAAAUGAAGAUAUUUUUCAGAGGAAAUGUUUACUUGCUUAUAAAUUAAAUAUCUCUAAUACACAGAAAUGCCACUAGAGGACAGUGUCAUUUUGAUAAUGGACCGCAAACGUCCUUCUGAAAGUUGGAGAAUAAUAUUUUUUCAGAUGUUCUGAUUUCAAAACGUUCCUGUGGUUUUGUAGUUUUAUCAGGCUCAAAAUCAGAUGGGCAAUUUAAAUGCUGUAGGGGAGCCACAUUUGGUCACCAGUGCUAUUCAGGUCAUAUAGUAUGACAAAAAUGCUCUUUUGAAUAUGGACCAAAAAGCUGCAUGCAGUCCAUGCAGAAUACAUAUUUCAUAUUUCAAUACAUGGAUGCAAAUUGUUAACCCAACAACAAAUGAUGUGAAGCAAACGAAGAAACAACCCCACAGUGAAUUGCUCUUAUCAUGUGGCGAGGUAUCACAAAUAAACCUUGACGAGAUAAGAAGAAUCAGGUCAGCGAGGAA